GUGGUAAUCACAAAUUCAAGAACAACAGGGGAGGUCAGUGUAAUUUACACAAACCUCGACUCAAAGGCAUCGCAGUACCUUUCCUUCCUCUUUGCAUUGAAGCUCGCAGAUCGGAGGGCCGCUAGGAGAGCUAGGGUUUCCGACUCAGUAAUGCCCCUGGUUCUAGGGUUUUCUCGCUCGCGCAUUCAGUCUCCAAGCGAUCGCUGAGCUCGUUCGAGUCGACUCGGAGACCCAGAGGGGGUGACUCGGCCAUGUACAGCGGGUCCAGUGAUGGCGAGAGCCACGAGGCCACGCAGAGGAAGAUCCCGCCGGCUUCGUCGAUGCCUUGGGCCCGAAACCUCCGCCGGUUCAUCGGAUCCGGCACCGGACUCGGAUCCGAAGCCCUCAUGGAGCUUGAAACAAAGAGAAUCUUGCUUGAUAUAUUUAAAGAGAAGCAACAAAAAAGUGCUGAAGCUGGCACAAUCCCAAGCUUCUAUAAGAAGAAACCUGAAGAAGGAUCCAUUAGUCACAGGGUGCAGAGGCUGGCAAAAUAUCGAUUUUUAAAGAAGCAAUCAGAUCUAUUGCUUAAUGCUGAUGAUCUAGAUGCAAUGUGGGUUUGCCUAAGAGAGAAUUGUGUAAUUGAUGAUGCUACUGGUGCGGAAAAGAUGAAUUAUGAAGAUUUUUGCCACAUUGCCUCUGUAUGUACAGAGCAAAUAGGCCCUAAAUGCCGGCGCUUUUUUAGCCCUUCAAAUUUCAUGAAGUUUGAGAAAGAUGAGUCAGGAAGAAUUGCCAUUCUGCCUUUCUAUCUUUAUGUGAUGCGUACGGUAUCGCUUACACAGGCCAGAAUUGAUAUGAGUGAGCUUGAUGAGGAUUCUGAUGGCUUUCUACAAUCUCACGAAAUGGAAGCCUAUAUACGAGGCCUUAUUCCUAAUUUGGCACAAUUACGGGAUAUGCCAUCAGCCUUUGUUCAAAUGUAUUGCCGCAUAGCUGCACAGAAAUUUUUCUUCUUUUGUGAUCCUCAUAGACGAGGUAAAGCCUGCAUAAAAAAGGUGCUGCUAAGUAACUGUCUCCAGGAACUGAUGGAACUGCACCAGGAGAGCGAGGAAGAAGUUACUGACACUGAACAAGCUGAAAACUGGUUCUCCUUGACAUCUGCUCAACGCAUAUGUGACAUGUUUCUUGCCCUGGAUAAAGAUAUGAAUGGAACAUUGAGCAAGCAGGAGCUUCGAGAAUAUGCAGAUGGGACUCUGACUGAAAUUUUCAUUGAAAGGGUAUUUGAUGAGCAUGUUCGCCGUGGCAAAAGUGGUGGAGGAAGUGCAAGGGAGAUGGAUUUUGAAAGCUUUCUGGACUUUGUACUGGCCCUAGAAAACAAAGACACUCCAGAAGGGUUAACUUAUUUGUUUCGAUGUCUUGAUCUUCAAGGGAGGGGUUACCUUACAACAGCUGAUAUUCAUUCUCUUUUUAGGGAUGUACACCAGAAAUGGAUCGAGGGUGGGAACUACGAAUUGUGUAUCGAGGAUGUAAGAGAUGAAAUUUGGGAUAUGGUUAAGCCAGCUGACCCACUAAGGAUUACAUCAGCAGAUCUACUUUCUUGCAAGCAGGGUGGGACUGUGGCCAGUAUGCUCAUUGAUGUGCGUGGUUUCUGGGCCCACGACAACAGAGAAAAUCUUCUCCAAGAGGAGGAAGAGCCAGAAGAAGAAUGACAAAAGGAUCUACUAUAUGGCAAACUGCCUCUCAACUAACAAAAUUGUUGUUUGAAGCUUAGUGUAAUAUUUUUAUAGUGUGAUAACUUUGAUGUGUUUUUACUGGUUUUCUUUUUAUACGUAGAAUUUGCUGUGCAUGUUGUUGUCACUUGUAAAAGAAUAACGUAUUAGCUGUUGAUUGGAAAUUUCUCCUCUCUUUGUUUUUGUGUGGAGGACUUGUGUAAACCGCCGUAUGUCUUCCUGUGGCACGGUUUUGGCAUCGAAUCGCAUUCAGAAGCUUCUCUUC